CACGAGGAGCCGCAACCGCUAAAAUUUUCGUCCCAGAGUAAAUUGGAUUUAUUUUUCGACACUUAAUUUCGUUGACAGGUCGGUGAGAAGAUAAAAGGCUACCGCUUAAAUGAGCAAGACACCUUUAGUGCGAAAAGUUGUCAGACGAGAGCUCAAACGCCUUCAUCAAAAAUUUCCCUUGAUGACAGAGAGUCUCCGGCGAUGAUUGCUGUCGCGCGCCUUCGUGAUAUGUUUUCUGGACUACAAUAUUUCUCCUCGGUGUCAAGUAAAAAAUAAAUGUUGCAGCGUAAAACCUAUACACUUUGUCCUUGUUUUGUCAUAACAUGUAAUAUUUUAUGAAGCCGACGUGAGCUAUACAGCAGUUAUCCUGUUUUAAGACAAACCUGACGGGAAUCGCUCUUAAAUGCGGCGUAGCAGUCGAUUCCUUUCAAAGCGCGCGGAGCGCUGAACAAACGAACGCGCGUGCGAGUGAAAACAUGAGGAGCAGUGGGGUGAUGAGGCGCGCUCGUUCGCUUGCAAUUUCCUUUGUUUUUUUCCAUGCGCUUAGAGCGCAAACGACUGCUAUGGAGGCUAGGUUAUUUUUUGUUCUCUCAUAACGAAAAAAGACACACUCGUAGUGGUGUUUGGAAUAAAAAAGAAAUCUUUACAAAGAUUAUUGAAUUAACAUGUAUGUCGAUUUAUUUAGCUGAAUAGGUCUGAGCAGUUGGCUUUGUCGUUCCGAUCGGAUUUGGCCUGGUUUUAUUACGAAACGGCUGUUCAGAGCAAAUCGGCCCGAUUAAACAAAAAAUCUUUUGCAUCGGAAUUUUCUCACAGUCAGUCAAAUCAAGCAAAUCAAGAUUGAAGAGAGCACUCUCCCAGUGUAUGUAAAAAAGAACCGUGCGACGGUAAUGCAAUUUUCCCCAGUUACCCAUUUACGUCAUGUCACGCAAUCAUUCCAACAACUUCCUCAUAGCAAUUAACAGAAAUAAAACACGAAAAAAAAGCAAAACGCAAAACAGAAAAAAAUACAAACAAACAAUAUUGGAAAACAAGAACUUGUAGUUUAGACAAUACUUGUUUAUUUGACAUAUUUCGAUACAUCGUUUUAUUGUUUUGGGAGACUACAAGUAGUUAAUAUUAGCAAUAUUAGUGAUUAAUAAAUUAAAAAAUUAACCAAAGGUUGAUAGUGAGGCGCGAGUUUCAAAAUUUACGCGCCAUUUCGAUUGAGUCUUCAGUUCGGACGCAGUGUAAUCGAAAUGCUGGUUCAAGUUAGCAGUACAAGUCUUGCUCCGAGUAAAUACUGGUAUGUCUUAAACGAUGAAAUUGGCGGAUCAUCAUUUCGAAAAUGGAUGGACAAUGCUUUUUUUCGCCUUUUUCCGGACGAAGUUCACAAGAUCCCAUUCUGUAAACUUAGUGAUAACAAUGGAAGUCCUCUUGACCCGAACUUGUUCGGGAUCAAAUACCGAAAAUGCGACGUUCUGGUCGCCUCGACACUUGGUCUCUGUGGAGGACUAAUUCGUCAACGCGAUUUGAACGACCAGGGCUACUUGGCCAGCGAUUCUUUCAAAAGAAUCGCGCAAGCAAUUAAUAGUCAUUGCGCGAUCACUGGUCUGUCACGAAAUGGCGCGAGUUCGAAUGCUGACACGAACUCAUGUCUUAAAGAAGAGCUGAAUGAAGCCAAGGAUAAAAUCAUGGAACUGCAGAGUCUUCUUGCUAUGCACAAACAAAUGUCCACCAAUACGGACGAGAAAUCGGCGAAAUCCCCGAAACGAAAGAAGAUGAGGCUCAGCAAAAAAAGCGCGGGAGAAAUUCUUCGCACGCUGGAAGAUGUAUGUGAUCGGCAUAAGGCUUCUGUGUCGUCCGUAAUAGGCCAUUUAUGUACGCACGACCCCGCAAAACAGCCAAGCGAAGCUCGGAACAUAAUUUCUGAAAUUGUAACCGCAGUCACAGAGAGGAAGGGUGUCAAGAGAGGUCUCGAAGCGCUUGUACCAGAUGUGCUGCAACAGUAUCUACAUCAAUUCCGUGUCCCUGAUUGGGUUCUUCUGUAUUUCAAACUAGAAGCAAAAAUUCCAGAUGAAGGAUGGCAAACCAUGAUGAACCUAACGAAGUUAGGAAGAACAAAAGUGAGUCAUAAUUUGUUCCCGUGUUUAUUGAUCACUUAAUAUUUUUAAUGG